AUGCAGGCUGUCCAGUAUGAACAGCUUGUUUCCCCUGGGGAGUCUCCUACCUACACCGACCACCGUCCCCUCCAAGAAGUCUCCCCGACCAAAAGCCCGACUCCCAAAAACGUCGCCUUCGAGUUGCUACUCGAUGACAACUCCAAAGCUCGAGCUCGCAUUCCCAUGCGGGUACAGAUUUACCCUCAUGACACCACGGACUCUAUCGUCACUACAGUGAAAAACUUCUAUGGGAUUUACGAUGGCGCUGCCGGCGUCAGCUUCGAGGACAUGCAUGGCAUUACCCUCAUUGCAAGAUAUGAGAAUCUAAGGAAUAAUAUGACAGUCUACGUACGGGUAAUGCCCGUUCCGGCUUAUGAGGAGGGGUACGGAGAUAGGUAUUAUGGCCCCAUGUCCAUGGACAAUCGCAAACGCCCCAGCCUCGGUGAGCCGUUCCAGAUGGCUUCCGCAAUGCAGGCUGUUCAACCUUCUGAGCGCGGACAAUCGCCGUCUAGGCCUGCUUCUCGAGUAGCUCGCAAGCGCAGUGUCUCGCCGUCUGGAAGAAGCCGUCGUAGCGCCUCCCAGCACAAGCAGCAGCCUCGCCCCCAACUCAAGAGUAGGGGAUCUAGUACUCAUGGCAGCAUCUAUGACGACGCUGGGUAUAGCGACAGCGACAAUGGCUAUGGCUCCGUUUCUGGGGCGAAGAAACCUCGAAGUGAACACUUUGCCAGCUCAGAAAUAAGCAUGGAAAAUAUCCUCCAAGACGGUCGUCGCAAGCGACCGAAAUUCGACAGCUCUGAACUUCCAUUAUUCGUCCCACCUCAAGUCCCUCUCACUACCUCGACCUCCUCUAUCUCCCCACAACGUCGCUCUAUUGGCCAGGAAGGGGCGGGCUCGCCAUUCGCGCGACCAAUGCACCGUUCGAACAAUCAUUAUCAGCAGCCAUUGCCCUCUCCCCAAAGUUAUGGACAUAGUGAUCACAUCUAUGGGACCAACCCUCCGCGAAAUGGCAUAUAUACUACACCAAUGGUUCCUGAGCAUGGUCACCGUCUUCGCGACCGGGCAACCAUUCACUCUUCCGGGCAGUAUUCAAACUCUACCGUCCGAAACGGUGGUCCGGGUAUUCUUCCCACCCCCGAUCCCACCAUUGCCAGCUGCAUAUCUGAUGAAGAUGUCGCGUUGCAAUUGAUUCGUCUUGGAGAUGCCUCCAAUUUCUCUCAUGGUCGCACUUCUGCAUCGACCCUCGAUGAUGCGUUCAGCGGUGCUGCUGACGCUGCGUCUUCCACCGGUGCGACAAGCGACGGUGAAUACUACAGUGAGGACGAUGAUGAUCUGCCCACUGGCCCUGGGCAAAGGCUAGACUCGAGCCCAAUGCUUCCACCGGGUACUGCCAAACACACCCACAAGCGCUUGGACGAUAUUCUUCCCAGUUUCGACAGCUCCGAUGCUAGUUAUGAUAGCCACGACAAUGAGUAUCAUCAGGAAGAAUUUGAGGGCGGUAUGGUCAAGAACGAGGCCGACGAUGACUCCUCUCAUGAGUCCAAGUCGAAGAAGGCUAAAAUCCGAGCUAUCAGCACAGCUUCUUCGAAGCCUCGCGUCGGCAAGACACAGCAAAUUCGUCCGGGCAAAGGCGUAAACAAGAGCUCAUCUAACAGCGCUGCUCGCAAAGGGGUCAAGUCAACACCGUCCUUGCCCGGUGCCAAAGCUGCUCCGCCUCAAAUGGCCAACCCUGCUCCACCGCGGAAGGCUUCUACUUCGUCUGCGAACGGCCAGCAUCCGUUAGCCGCGGACGAGGAGGAUUUGUCGACGAAGCCGCGCUGUCAGCGGUGCCGCAAGAGCAAGAAGGGCUGUGACCGACAGCGCCCUUGUGGGCGAUGCAAGGAUGCCGGCAUUGGCAUUGAAGGCUGCAUCAGUGAGGACGAAGGCAACGGCCGCAAAGGUCGCUAUGGACGCCAUAUGGGCGUUCCUGUCAAAAAGCCUCUCGAUACCGUUUCUGUUAUUAGCGAGGCGCCAUCCUCCAUCGCCGCCAUUCCCAUCACCGCUACGACGAUGGACAAGUCUAAGAAGCGCAAGCGCUAG